GUGGGUUUCUUUUACAUUUCAGCCUACAACCCAAAGAGCAGUGAUUACGUCCGGAAGAAGUACAAACAGAAACUAAUGAGAUUUGAAGAGGAAUGCGAGCUGAUUGGCUACCUUGGUAAAGAGAUGACCAGUCGUUAUCGAGAGCCAGAGGAUCUCCGUAUUGAUUUUGAGCAUAAGUUGUCAACAUUUCUGGCACUCAAAGACAUAGAGCCCACAACCACGUGGUGUGCGUGACACUUCACUAUCAGAGCGUGACCGUUUUGCGUGACCUAGAUUACAGAUUAUUUAUUUUUAAUAAAGGGAGAUAACACUGUGCAUACUUUUUAAUUCUAUAACGGCAGUAACAUGUCGGCAAUCAAUGAUGUUGUAUAAUAGAUAUGUAAAUAAUCUGCAAGAAAAUGAUAAUUGUAAAUAAAUUUGUUCGACCUCAAAUGCAAUAUUUUCCGUUUUGUUUAGUUUUUGGAGCAUAUCUUCUUUUUAGCUAACUGCCUUUAAACCCGACUCUCCUAUUUCGAAUGCUAUAGGAGUAUUUUUACAAAGUUAUCCGGAAAACAACUCGAAACUCUCGAGACAACUUCGAGUUCUUUCGGACAGGUUAUAGGUAUGAGCAAAUAAAAGGCGGUAGUGCCAUUUUUUCUAUUGAUGUAUGUUGUUGGUUUGUUUGUUUUUUGUCACACCUAAGUUUUAAACCGACGAUCUCUUUCCAACAGAAUUCUUACCCUCACCCAUUUACCCUACGCAGUGACUGUUCAUAGUUAAGUAUAUGACAGUGUCGCCUGCCAUCAUGGCCAUUUUUUUAUUUUUGUUUGUCUCUCUGGUACAGUACAGUACAGUGUAAUCCA